AUGGCUGCCAAAGACUUCUCAAAUACUGUAACCAACGGCGAGGAAAAACCACCAAGGCCAUAUAGUUCUAUUGAUGAGAAAACUUUGGUACAAGACUGGAGUUGGGUUGUAACUGAUCCCAUGACAGUGUGUUCCAAUACUCUUGUAGGUGAUAUGUUGCACUCUGCAUCCGUUAUCCUCCGGUGGACGAGAUCUUUGUAUCGGUGGAGCGUGGCAAUGCAACUCAUGGUUGGCGGUCAUGACACAACAAGUGCGUGCGUUUUUGAAGUCUCUCUCACUCUCACACUCCAUUUUCAUUCCAUUCCAAUUCAACGUAAAAACCUAACAUCUUCCGAAACUUUCACCGAUCGCCGCCGAUUUCUGCCGCACCUCCGGCCACCUCCUCACCUCCCUUCUUCAGGGUUUUGUAAAAUCAACUUGGACGCUACUGCUCCAAUGGAUAUUCAUCUGAUUCAGAAGCUACUUGAAUCCCAAGCUUCAUUGACGCAGACGGUGGUGCCGGUGUUCCUUCCCGAUGAGCUGAUCAUGGAAAUCAUAUCUCUCCUUGAUGUGAAAAUCAUCCAACGAUUCAUGUGCGUAAGCAAAUCAUGGAAUACUCUGAUUUCUGAUAAAGCUUUCAUUGAAAUGCACUUAAAGAAACCGUCACGAAACCCUCAUUUCAUAUUACCAAUUAUGGGAUUCCCUCUGUCGAGUUCGAUUGUUUUACCUGUGCAACAGUUACUCGAGAAUCAUGCAAUAAAUUUUGCCGGUGACACUGACCUGAGUCUGGAAAUUUGUGAUGUUGUUGGUUCCUGCAACGGAUUGCUCUGUCUGCUUUUCCAUUCUACCCCACAUGGAGACUAUGAGCCUGGAUUUUGCCCAUUCAAGUUCUGUUUUGGUUGUGAUUAUUUAACAGGAACCUACAAGGUAGUGGUACUUCAUACAGAACACAAUAAAGACAGAAAGAGGGACGACGAUGGCGAUGUAUGGAUAAGCAAGGUGAGAGUUUUCAGUUUGGGUGAUAAUUGUUGGAGGAGAGAUAUUCAAACUUUUCCUUUGGCUCCUCUUUUAUGGAGCAAUGGUGUGCAUUUGAGUGGAACUGUUAAUUGGUUAGCUAUUCGCGGUGCUUUCACAUCCACGUAUGAUGGAGGGAUAAUUAGAGUUUCACUUCCAGUUAAACAAUUGGUGAUUGUUUCGCUUAAUCUUUCAACGGAGACAUACACAGAGUUUUUGCUUCAUGAGGGUUUUGUUGAGCUGCCACGCGUUGAGCCGUGA